AUGGCCUGGUGCGCCCUGCGCAGCCGCGUCCUCCCGCUCCCGGCCUCCGCCGCCACCGCCGCACCCCACGGCCUCCUCCUACGCUUCCUCCUCUCCACCGCGGCCCCGCGCCACGCGCACCACCACCGACGCCGCCGCCGCUUCGCCCCCACGGCCUACGCCGCCGCCGCGGCAGCUGCGGCUGAGGCGCCGCUCCCCAUGACGCCGCGCUUCGGGCGGGCCACGCGGCACCCCGGGGCGGCCGCCUCCGUGGCGCGCGUCUACGCCGACGCCAACGCCCAGCGGCCCAAGGAGUACUGGGACUACGAGUCGCUCGACAUCCAGUGGGGGGAGCAGGAUGGGUACGAGGUUCUGAGGAAAGUGGGGAAGGGGAAGUACAGCGAGGUGUUCGAAGGCUUCCGGGCCAGGAGCGACGAGAGAUGCGUCAUUAAGAUCCUCAAGCCUGUGAAGAAGAAGAAGAUAAAGAGGGAAAUAAAGAUACUUCAGAACUUAUAUGGAGGGCCUAACAUUGUAAAACUACUUGAUGUUGUCAGAGAUGAUGAAUCAAAGACGCCUAGUCUGAUCUUUGAAUAUGUCAACAACACUGACUUCAAAGUACUCUACCCUUCGUUAUCUGAUUAUGAUAUCAGAUAUUAUAUUUUUGAAUUAUUAAAGGCACUAGAUUAUUGUCAUUCACGCGGUAUAAUGCACCGAGAUGUCAAACCCCACAAUGUCAUGAUUGACCAUGAAAAGCGCCAGCUUCGUCUUAUUGAUUGGGGUCUUGCAGAGUUCUAUCAUCCCAAGAUGGAGUAUAAUGCUAGAGUUGCUUCAAGAUGCUACAAGGGUCCUGAACUACUUGUGGAUUUGUUAGAUUAUGAUUACUCAUUGGAUUUGUGGAGCCUUGGUUGCAUGUUCGCAGCAAUGAUAUUCCGAGUGGACCCUUUCUUUAGUGGCCAGGAUAAUUAUGAUCAAUUAGUGAAAAUAUCUGAGGUUCUUGGCACAGGAGAUUUGUAUAACUACCUGGAAAAAUAUGGCCUCCAGCUUGACCCACAGCUUGAAAGACUUGUUGGAAGACAUAAUAGGAAACCAUGGCCCAAGUUUGUCAAUGCUAGGAACAGACACCUUGCGACACCUGAGGCUAUUGAUUUGGUAGAUAAACUCCUCCGGUAUGAUCACCAAGAAAGGCCUACAGCCAAGGAAACCAUGGCUCACCCGUAUUUCAAUCCAGUAAGAACUUCCGAAAGCAAGACAAAUUCAUAA